CUUCACCUCUCGACAUCAGGCGACGACUAUGGGACUGGAGGCUUCUUUCUUCUCUUUCCUGUUGUUUAUAUUAUCCCUCGUGACAUUUCAGCCGUCCAUAUUCUGACCGUAACACCGUUCUCGCUGGAUUUCUGCUGAUUAUUAUCAUUAACUAUCUACCAUUUGCGGAGUAAUCAUAUAUCGGCCCAUGCUCAGCUCGAGCUUAUAAAAGCUGCAAUCGUCAAAGGGAGCCAAAGCUCCAGGAAGAGACGAAAAGAAGGGCUUGCAAGGCGAUGCCGGCAGUAAUUGAAAUUAAUUAAGACUCUUUAUUAUCAUAUCAAUAAGGACCUGUCGAGUCAGGGAUUCGUUUCCGAUCCUCCCAAUGGAUCAGGCUGUGGCUGUGGUGCUUCCGCUUCCUUUGCGCGAGUCUUCCCCGGGAUCUUCUUCGGAUGUCGAUGGGUCGAAUGCGUCCUCUAUGCCCACACCUGCAUCGCCGUCGCCCGUAUCAGAAGCCAAGUCCGAAGGAUCCUUAGAAAGGUCCGAAACAAAGAUGCAGUCGGAGAGUGGGCCGUACAUCGCCGUUGGCGUUUUGAGAAAGCGCAAUGCGGAAUACAGUAUGGAUGGCUCAAGCUUAGGACGAGAACUUGACAUCGAUUCAGACGAUUUUCCCGAGUCUGAGGUUGCGAAUCUGGAGAUGCGCAACUGGAUUCGAACCAGCUCCUAUGUUUACACAGGCCAGCCGGAGUGGUGCCAUAUCCGUGUCUAUGUUUUGCCGGAUGAUGUUUGUCGCAUGCUUAUUCAGCGAUCGAGUCCGCCCCUGCGACGGGCACUGAAGGUUGUCAUGGCUAGGAUUGAUCAGUCGAUUGAUGCAUGGGAAGGGAGACGUCUUGCGAAUGGUGUAGAUUCGAAGACCGUGGUCUCAGAUGGUUCGGAGGACGAGUCUCUAUGGUACAUCUUUAAUACCCUUCAGGACCCAGAUCCGAAUGUGGAGAAUAUGAAGGAUCCAUAUGCCAGGAGGGCCAUGGAGGAGUUACUAUCGACCCCGACAGACGACAGUGAACAGGGCUAUUCGGGUGUGGUGGGUCUCAAAUCGACUCUUUAUCCCUACCAGCGUCGUUCUGCGGCUACAAUGGUGCAGCGGGAAGCCCAGCCAGCGCAGGUGCUAGAUCCCAGACUGCAGAGGUUCGUAGGACCUUCUGGACGGGAAUACUAUUACGAUAAAGAGGAAGGGAGUCUUGUCAGCGAGAAAAGACUCUAUUCAGAGGCCUGUGGAGGGAUUCUUGCCGAGACCAUGGGUUGUGGUAAGACACUCAUCUGCCUUGCUCUGAUUCUAGCAACGCGAGGCCAUUUCCCUCGAAUCCCCGCCCAGUACCAGGAGACAACGAAUCCCGUUCACGAAAAGACUGCUUCCCUUGUUGAAAUGUCAGCCGCAGCAGCUGGCCGGUUUUCCCUACCGUGGAAGAGUUAUUUCGAUACGUUGAGUCAAUUGGGGAUGUCUUAUGGUAGAUGCAUAGAGGCUUGUGAGAGGAAUCGUGGAGAGUAUAGCAUACCACCUCCACCAUCAAGGCACAGACGGAAGAGUAUGGCUUAUCCCUCACCGGCUGCUCAGCACCUCCGUCUCUGCUCCGGAACUCUGGUAGUCGUUCCGGCUAACCUUGUCGAGCAUUGGGAACACGAGAUUGCCCAUCAUACUGAAGGAUUGAAGGUUCUCACUCUACGAAACAGUUCGGAUCCCACCCCGUCGCCCGACGAGCUCUUGCAGUAUGACAUCCUACUAUUCUCCAAACUCCGGUUUGAGAAAGAAGCUGGGGAAGUCAGCGAGUAUCAAGAAUCUCCAGGAAAAGAUACUGGGGAUUCUCCGUUGAUGAAGCUUCACUGGCUGCGCAUCAUCGUGGACGAGGGCCACAACGUUGCUGGUCAUGGCCAGAGAAAUAAUAUGACUCAGGUCCUAGACAAGCUCCAGGUUGAGCGCCGUUGGGUGGUGUCGGGAACUCCAUCGACCGGACUGUAUGGAGUAGAAGUCAGCCUGGCGUCACAAGAAACAGUGACCACCGACACGGAUUUACCGGAAGCAACCUCCAGUCUUCUGCGUGGUCGGAAGAAGACCGGAAAUGCCAUAAACAACGAACUGAAGGACCUUGACAAGUUGCGGCUCAUUAUUGUGGACUUCUUGGAUCUGAAACCCUGGUCGAAUUCUCGUGCGGAUGACCGGGCCAGGUGGGCUAAAUACGUCAAAAUCGUCGAUGAGACUGGCAAGCGUCGAAAGUCACCCUCACUGCGGGCUACUCUUCAGAGUCUUGUCGUGCGGCAUCGUUUGGACGUUGUCCACCAAGAGAUUCCUCUUCCCAGGCUGCAUAACAAGGUCGUCUAUCUCGAGCCAACAUUUUACGACAGGCUAUCUAUCAAUCUAUUCCUAUUUGGUCUCGCUGUCAAUGCGAUCACGUCUGGUCGGAAGGACCAGGACUACAUGUUCCAUCCUCGAAACAGAAAGCAUCUCAGUCUCACAGUCAGUAACCUUCGACAAGCCGGUUUCUGGUGGGCUGGUUCCGAUAAGGACAUUCCAGCUACGAUUGAAUCCGCUCUUGGCCAUCUCGAGAAGAACAGAGAUACGAUGUCUCCAGCUGAAAUUGAGCUUUUGACCGAAGGCGUUCGAAUUGCUAGAAUGGCAAUCAGCUCUAGCAGCCGGAGCGAGUUUGUUCAAUUACAGGAAUUAGGUGUUUACGUGCAGAAUUUUCCGUCUCACGCCAGGGCUACGUGGGCACUAGACCCGUCAAGUCCUGAUGCAGAGCCUCUGCUUCUCGGCAUUUCCCAGAUUCGAAUGGCCCAGCAAUUCAUUACGUCUAAUCUGACCUCCUACGAUCCGGCUGAAGGAUUAGCUGGUGCUGGUAUCAGGGCACGUCGUGAACUGACUGAGCGAGCGGGGGUUAGUCCCAAUAAUACUUCAGAGCCAGGGAGUGCCAAAAAGAGCAACAAUUCCAGCCCAGAGAAGAUCACCAAAACAAAACCCAGCAGCAAAUCCCCGCGAAGUAAGACAUUUGCCAAAGGCCUCUACAAAACUUUGUCGCCGGAGUCGCCGCUUACGCAGACGAGGCUGGUCGGCACGUCGUCAGCAAAGUUGAGCUAUCUUUUGAGCAAGGUCUUGGAGUUUCAGAAAACAGAAAAGAUUAUUAUUUUCUACGAUAAUAAUAACUCUGCUUUCUGGAUUGCUGAAGGCCUAGAUGUACUGGGGAUCCAGUUCAGAAUCUACGCGGGUACGUUGAGAGCGUACCAAAAGGCAGAAUACCUAUCAUUGUUUCGUGAAUCUGAAGAUAUCCGGGUUCUUUUGAUGGAUCUGCGCCAGGCUUCUCACGGAUUGCAUCUUGCCAACGCGUCCCGUGUGUUUAUCAUCAACCCGAUCUGGCAACCGAACGUGGAGAGCCAGGCGAUUAAACGAGCACAUCGCAUUGGACAGACCAGACCGGUAUUUGUCGAGACGCUUGUCCUCAAGGAUACCCUGGAGGACAAGAUCCUGAAACGCAGAAAGGAAAUGACCGACACGGAAAUCCAAGAUGCAGAAAGGGAUCUGUUGGACGAUACCAUCAUGAAUUCCAUUAUCCAAAAUGAGACUUACAUUCCCAUGACAGGGGACGAGGAAUCUGCUGGUCCGGCUCUCCUUCCGGAGCCUGCAAGCCUAUUCGGUCGUCACAAGCUUCCAGUUCCAGACGAUGGCGACGCUAAUAGUAGUCUUGAUAACGGGGGCCAGGUCGGCAAUACAAAGCUCGACAUGCGCCGCGCCCCAUCCAUAGAUUGGAUCUCUCCCACAAAACAGCCUAGAAAGCGGAAACAAGUCGCUCUGGCAUUGGACGCUAUCCCUCAGAUCCAGUCUGAUCUUGAACCCAAUCCUGAUUUUGCCGAUCUCCUCAAGCCCAAGCGGAAGAGGAAGAUGCCCAGUGCCAAUUUCGUGAAUGAAAAUGGGAUUGUUAUGACGCCGACAUCCCGAUAUCGAAGGAAUAGUAGACGUUCCUCAGCUCUCCCUGCCAUAUUGGCCAACGGCAGCUCUCCCGGCCAGGUUUCUCCAGGCAUUAACUCUCCUGCUCUCCAUCCCAUAUCUGGGCCAGCACCGGUAUAUCUUGGCAACACCCCACAAUUAUUUCCCGGUGGGAGUUCUUCGAAUGCGUCUUCGUCAGGGAUGGGUGGCCAUUCCAAUUCCGUGCUUGGUCCAUUCGAUUGAGACUGGGUUAAUUUCGGACAUUGCUAUGGUUGCAACAUGGACAUUGAUAAUGAGCUGAACAUAUUGUAAAAUAAGUAUAUUAUAAGUGAAAAAGGGUGUGGUUGGUGAAGGAUAGAGAGUUUGGCGUUAUUGCAGGAUACCAGGCAUGAUACCAUGAACAAAGAGUGUUUUAAGAAUUGGAGUAUAUUGUCCAAUACAUACUGUUAAUAAUGACUGCCCAU